GGCGGGGCCUGGGGCUGCCGCGGGCGGGCGGACGCGGAGGGCGGGCCCUGCUCUAGCGGGCCGCGUAGCGGACAUGGCGGGCUCCCGGCUCCCGCGGCAGCUCUUCCUCCAGGGCGUGGCGGCCGUCUUCAUGUUUGCCUUCGCUUCCCUCUACACGCAAAUCCCAGGCCUGUAUGGCCCCGAGGGCAUCCUACCUGCAAGGAGGACGCUGCGGCCUCAGGGCAAGGGGCGCUGGCAGCAGCUGUGGGAGACCCCGACGCUGCUGUGGGAAGCGCCGAGACUGGGGCUGGACACGGCCCAGGGCCUGGAGCUGCUGAGCCUGCUGGGUGCACUAGUGGCCCUGGGAGCCCUGCUGCUGAGCCCACUGCGCCACCCCGUCAUCUACCUGCUGCUUUGGGCCGCCUACCUGUCGGCCUGCCAGGUGGGCCAGGUAUUCCUUUAUUUCCAGUGGGACUCCCUGCUGCUAGAGACUGGCUUCCUGGCCGUGCUGGUGGCCCCGCUGAGGCCAGCCUCCCACCGCAAGGAGGACCCCCAGGGCAGGCAGGCAGGGGCCCUGCCCCACGAAGACCUCCCCUUCUGGCUGGUGCGAUGGCUGCUGUUCCGCCUCAUGUUCGCCUCAGGCGUGGUCAAGCUGACCAGCCGCUGCCCCGCAUGGUGGGGGCUCACUGCCCUCACCUACCACUACGAGACCCAGUGCCUGCCCACACCCGCCGCCUGGUUCGCACACCACCUGCCGGUCUGGCUGCACAAGCUCAGCGUGGUGGCCACCUUCCUAAUUGAGAUCGCUGUGCCGCCCCUGUUCUUCGCCCCCAUUCGACGCCUGCGCUUGGCUGCCUUCUACUCGCAGGUGCUGCUGCAGGUCCUGAUUAUCAUCACCGGCAACUACAACUUCUUCAACCUGAUGACGCUGGUGCUUACCACUGCGCUGCUGGACGACCAGCACCUGGCUGCUGAGCCUGGCCACGGCAGCCGCAAGAAGACGGCCACUUCCUGGCCCAAGGCCCUGCUGGCCACCCUGUCGCUGCUGCUGGAACUAGCCGUCUACGGGCUUCUGGCCUAUGGCACUGUGCACUACUUUGGCCUGGAGGUUGACUGGCAGCAGCGCACCAUUCACUCCAGAACCACUUUCACCUUCCACCAGUUUUCUCAGUGGCUGAAGACACUGACGCUGCCCACUGUGUGGCUGGGUGUGGCCUCCCUGGUCUGGGAGCUGCUGAGUGCCCUGUGGAGGUGGACCCAGGUGCGGGGCUGGCUACGGAAGCUCAGUGCUGUAGUCCAACUGUCCCUUGUGGGCACUGCGACCGUGGCCUUGUUCCUGAUUAGCCUGGUGCCGUACUCCUACGUGGAGCCCGGGACCCACGGGCGCCUCUGGACCGGGGCCCACCGCUUGUUUGGCGCCGUGGAGCACCUACAGCUGGCCAACUCCUACGGCCUCUUCCGCCGCAUGACCGGGCUUGGUGGACGGCCUGAGGUGGUGCUGGAGGGCAGUUACGACGGCCACCACUGGACGGAGAUCGAGUUCAUGUACAAGCCUGGGAACCUGAGCCGGCCGCCCCCGGUUGUGGCGCCCCACCAGCCACGCCUGGACUGGCAGAUGUGGUUUGCAGCCCUGGGCCCACACACGCACAGCCCAUGGUUCACAAAUCUGGUCUUGCGCCUGCUGCAGGGCAAGGAACCAGUGAUCCGCCUUGUCCAGAGCCAAGUGGCCAGGUAUCCCUUCCACAAGCAGCCGCCCACCUAUGUCCGAGCCCAGCGCUACAAGUACUGGUUCUCCCAGCCUGGGGAGCAGGGCCAGUGGUGGCGGCGCCAGUGGGUGGAGGAGUUCUUCCCGUCCGUGUCCCUGGGGGACCCCACGCUGGAGACGCUGCUCAGGCAGUUUGGACUACAGGAGAAGAGCCCACCUCGCACCCGCAGCGCCAACAGCACCCUGGCCCAGGCCCUCCACUGGACUCGCACUCAGCUGUCUCCCCUGGAGGCCCCCGCCCUGCUCUGGGGGCUCCUCAUGGCCGUGGGGGCUGUCAGAGUUGUGCAGGCCCUGUUAGCACCCUGUUCUCUCUGGUCCUCCCCCCUGGCACCAGUCAGCAGGGAGAAGCGCAGGCCAGCCUCCCAGAAAGACUCUGGAGCUGCCUCCGAACAGGCCACCACAGCCCCCAACCCCUGCUCCAGUAGUUCGAGGACCACCCGGCGAAAGAAGUAGCUGUGUUCUCCCAGCUGCACGUCCUGAGAGGGCCAGGUCGCCGGGAGUGCUCUGGCCUCCGGCAGGACAGGACCCAGCCACUGUGCCUUAGCUGACCCUGCAGGGCCGGGCACAGGUUGGGGGGCUGUCCCUGGGGCUUGCAGGGUGCUGCAUUGAGGGCUCCAGGCCCCACCCCCACGCCAGCCAUGCCCCUCCUCAGGACUCCCACUAUUGCCUCUGUGAUUGGCCCAGAAGGAAAACACGACCAAGCUCAAGACCCUUCCCCUGCCCUGGGCUGUGGGGUUCUGAGUUUAGAGCCCCCCACCCUAGGCCCCGUGCCAGAGGGGAAGAGGCUGACUCCCAGGAGAAGAGGGGAAGCACCGUCAUCUUCUACGUCAUCUUCACACCAGCCCAUCCUGCCCUUUAGAUCUGGGCACCAAUAAAGGCAUCUUUUGUGCUUGGC